AUGUCUACAGGCCUAGAAAAUUUUUUAAUCUCUUGUUUUCUAGAAAAAUAUAAUAUUCGCAGUAUAGGGGAAAUUUUGCAUAGAAAAUAUUUGGAUUGGAGAAUUCUCAACUUUUGGUUUAGAAAAAAAGUAAAUAUUGAGCUUGAUACUAGGAGUAAAAAAAAAUAUAUUAAAACUAAAGUUAAGAAUUAUAAAAGAAUUUAUAAAAUAACUAAGACGAGUCUUGCCAAUCAAAAAAUAAAUUUUUUUGAUUGGAUGGGAAUGAAUGAAGAAAUACUAAAUCCUCGUAUAACAAAUUUUGACUUUUUUUUCUUUCCAGAAUUUUUCUUAUUUUCUAGUACAUAUAAAAUGAAACCGUGGGUCAUACCAAUUAAAUCACUUCUUUUCAAUUUUAAUGAAACAAAAAAUGUGAAUAAACAGAUCACCCUAAAGAAAAAAGGUUUUAUACCAUCAAACGAAAAAAAAUUCCUUCGGUUUUUUAAUCUAAAUAAAGAAGAAAACGAAUCAGCAGGUCAAGAAGAGUUUGAAUCAGAUAAAGAAACAAAAAUAAAUACGGAAUCAGCUCUAUCAAAGCAAGAAAAAAAUAUUGAAGAAAAUUAUACAGAAUCGAAGAUAAAAAAACGUAAAAAUAAAAAAAAACCAAAAAGCAAUACCGAAGCGGAACUUGACUUAUUUCUCAAAAGGUAUUCGCGUUUUCAAUUGCGAUGGAAUUGUUUUUUUAAUCAAAAAAUCCUCAAUAAUGUAAAAGCAUACUGUCUCUUGGUUAGACUAAAAAAUCCAACCGAGAUAACGAUAUCUUGUAUUGAAAGAGGAGAGAUGAGCUUAGAUAUUCUAAUGAUUGAGAAGAAUUUCACUUUUUCAAAAUUAAUGAAAAAAGGAAUAUUGAUUGUUGAACCUGUUCGUUUGUCUGUAAAAAACGACGGCCAACUUAUUAUAUAUAGAACCAUCGGGAUUUCAUUGGUUCAUAAAAAUAAACAAAAAAUAAGUAAAAGAUCAAAAAAAAAAGCUAUAUUUAUAAAAAAAAAGUUUAAAUUUCUUUGUCCCUGAAACUAUUCUAUCCCCUAAACGACGUAAAGAAUUUCGAAUUCUAAUUUGUUUCAAUUUAAAAAAAAAAAUGCAAGGGAUAGAAAUUCAAAAUUUGAUACAAAUAUUCAAAACUUGACCACAGUUUUGAAUAAAAAGAAAGAUCUUGAUAAGGAUAAAAAAACCUAAUUAAAUUAAAAUCCUUUCUUUGGCCCAAUUUUCGAUUAGAAGAUUUAGCUUGUAUGAAUCGCUAUUGGUUUAAUACGACUAAUGGAAAUCAUUUCAGUAUGAUAAGAAUACACAUGUAUACGCGAUUUCAAAUGCAUUAAUGGUAGAUCCUUUUUACUAUAUUUUGACUAUAUAUAUAGUAUUAAGUUACGGUAUAUGAACAAUAUAUAAUAUAAGUUACGGUAUAUGAAAACAAUUGGAUGCACAAAUGUGAGGGAUUUUUUUUAAUUCAAUCUUAUACAUGAUGAUUCAUUGAUUAAUGACAUAGAUACCACUCAGAGCGAAUUCAUAAAUAAAUUUUUAAAAUCCUCCUUUUUUAGAUCGAAAUUUAAACUUUUUUUUUAUAAAAUUAAGAAUUAAUAAGUUGAUAAUUAAAUUCGGAUCCUUGUACAAAAAAACUACCAUUAUUAUUACUGAUCAGUAAAAUUCAUAUCUUUCAAUUCAUAUUAAAAAGGGAAGGAUUUCUUUUUAUGAUAAAAAAUACAUUCAUUUCAUUUCAA